CGGGCUGCAGCUGGCAGUCUUCACUCAGGUCCAGUAGAGGAAGCUGUGCAGGUAUAGGUGAGAGGGUACAGGUGAGCAGGAGAGCGCAGUAUGAUCUGGAACCCUCAGGUGGAACCAUGUACGUGAGUUACCUGUUGGAGAAGGACGGCAGCAUGUACCCCAACUCCGGGAGACACCCCGGCCUCAACCUGAACCCCCAGACCUUCGUCCCCGCUCCGCCUCCUCCCCCACCUCCACCUGCACCACAGUACUCCGACUUCACCGGAUACCAUCAUCCUCACCAUCAUCAUCAUCAUCAUGUGCCAGGUGUGAGCGGCGAGGCUCAGACGGGGACCUGGAGCCCAGGUUACCCCAAUCGAGAGGACUGGGCUACCUACAGUGCUGGACCCGCUCCAUCUGCUCCAAACCCUGGACACCUGACCUUCAGCCCACCUGAGUUUGCCCCCGUACAGCCCCCUGGGCUCCUGCCCCCCUCAGUUGGGCAGAUUUCUCCCAGUGCCCCCCGCAGGAACCCGUACGAAUGGAUGAGACGGAGUGCAGCACCCCCAACCCCAGGGGGAAAGACCAGAACCAAGGAUAAGUACCGGGUGGUCUACACAGACCACCAACGUCUGGAGCUGGAGAAGGAGUUCCACUACAGCCGAUACAUCACCAUCCGGAGGAAAGCGGAGCUAGCCACAGCACUCAGCCUAUCAGAGAGGCAGGUGAAGAUCUGGUUCCAGAACCGGCGGGCCAAAGAGAGGAAGAUCAAUAAAAAGAAGCUCCAGCAACCCCAGGCAGCAUCCACCACCACUCCCACACCUCCCAGUUCAGCCCUUCCCAGUAACACCAGUAACACAGCCAUGGUCUCCAGCAGCAGUGGCCUUGUAUCGUCCUCCAUGCCCAUGACCAUCAAAGAGGAGUACUGAGGAAACCACAGGACAGUUCUGAGGAAGACCAGCCAACCCAAGAACGCUUUCAUUUAACGCUGAAGAGGAACUGCUGGAAUUCUGAAUUCUGCACCAUCGCAAAAAACUUUAACAAGAAAACUUAAAAACGAACAGAAUUCUCGUUGACUGUUUGAGUGUAUUUGUUUGUUUGUUGACACAGCUGUUGCUCUAUUAAUUAUUCUGACAGAAAUAUUACGUAAAUAACUUUAAUUCAAACGCUUAAAUGUAUUGUUUGUAUAUUUUUGAAAUCAUUUUUACGAAAUAAACUGUUGUGGCUAUACUGACAGAAAUGAACUGUAGAUCCAGAGCUAUUACUGCUGACCACCACUGACCCCUGUUAUUAGGGCUUUAUAUCAAGGGUGAAUGCAUUUAAAUAUAUUAUUUUAUCCCAUUUUCUCCACAAUUUUGAAGGCCAAUUACCAAAACGCACUCAUUAGGAAAUGGGUGUGGGGAGAGAGAACUGUAAAGGUAGGUUUGCAGUUGUAGGUUGUUGGUUGUAGGGUUUGCAGUUUUAGACUGGUGGCUGUAGGUUGGCAGUUGGAUGUUUCAUUUGAAGGUUGGUGUUUGUAUUUUGGCAGUUAUAGGCUUGCGGAUGUUGGUUGUCGGUUGUAUGUUGCCGGCUGUAGAUUGGCGGUUGUAGUUUGGCAUUUUAUGUUGGCGGCUAUUGGUUGCCGGUUGUCUGUUGGCGGCUAUUGGUUGCCGGUUAUCUGUUGGCGGCUGUUGGUUGCCGGUUAUCUGUUGGCGGCUAUUGGUUGCCGGUUAUCUGUUGGCGGCUGUUGGUUGCCGGUUAUCUGUUGGUGGCUGUUGGUUGCCGGUUGUCUGUUGGCGGCUGUAGAUUGGCGGUUGUCUGUUGCCGGUUAUCUGUUGGCGGCUGUUGGUUGCCGGUUGUAUGUUGGCGGCUGUUGGUUGCCGGUUGUAUGUUGGCGGCUGUAGAUUGCCGGUUGUAUGUUGGCGGCUGUUGGUUGCCGGUUGUAUGUUGGCGGCUGUAGAUUGGCGGUUGUCUGUUGGCGGCUGUUGGUUAUUGGUUGCAUAUUGGUGGCUGUAGAUUGACGGUUGGAUUUGCAUUUGAAGGUUGGUGUUUGUAUGUUGGCAGUUGCAGGUUGCCGGCUGUUAGUUGUCGGUUGUAGGUUGAUGGGUGUAGAUUGUUGGCAGUUGUAGGUUUAAGGUCGUAGGUUGGCAACUGUAGAUUGGUGGUAUAAUAAAAAUAAUAAUU